AUGCCCAUUCUACUUCACCCAGGCGGUCAGGCCUUCAAGCUCGCCGCCAUCGAGGGAAGCCUCAUCUCGAACCACCGGCCGUUGACCGAGAUUCAGGGCACGCUCGACGCGGACGGCAAUUCGACGGCGGAGCUGUUCGGAGGCUUGAAGCUCCUCCGCCGUCUCGUCGCCGUACUCGACGAUGAGCUCGUCCCCAAAUGA